AUGUCGGCGUCUACCAUGGAAGCGACUCAAACAAAGGUUUCAGCUUUUUUUUGUUAUUGAGAUGUUUUACUUCGUUUAAUUUCAAUUUUACUGUUUUUUUCAAAGGUGAAAACGGCUGUCGACGGCAUGAUCGACGACAUUGAUCGUAAGUACUUGAGAGACAUGCAAAAAAGCAUGUUUCUUUGCUCUGCCAAGUGAGUUUAAACUUUUUCAAUCUGGAUAGUUGAUAUUUGAUUUUAGAUGUUGUGAUAACAAGAGCAGCAACCGAGAAAUAGUCGAAAAUUGCGUUGAACGGUGUAACGACGGAAUGAAAAAGGCGCAGAAGACGCUGGAAAAAGAACUCGGCGGCCUUCAGGUUACAUUUUUUAUCGGGAUUUUCUUACAUUUUUUUUUUCAAAUUGUUGAACUUGGAUGUUCAGGACCAACUUUCCCGCUGUGCCAUGACGUGUUACGACAAACUUGUACAAAACUUCGGUCCUGACGUCAACAAAUACACAGAUUCACAGGUAUGA